UGGUGAAUUUCAUUAAUUUCUCUACACUGGACACAUUGUUAUGAAUAUUCCACCUUUUCCCAGAACUACUGAAAUUUAUAUCAGCAACAACAUUUCAUGUAGAAAAUUAAACUGUCCAAGCUGUGCCAUGUUGGAUUAAUGAACCACGAUACAAUGCAGAGAUGAUUAAAAUGCUACCCAUAAUAAGGGGAAACAAAAUUUUAAACAUAUACUGAUGUGUCAACGAAUUAUGGAGAUACAUAUGUAGGUACAUUGGUGAGAAUUUCAGGGAGUGAAGCUGGGAAGGUCAAACUUUCCUGAAAUUGCCAAAAGGAAUGAAGAUGUUGUCCGAUAUGAAUAGAACAGAUGAGAAGACUGUGGAACUUGUCGAUCCUCUUCAAGGAUGGCAGAGAAGAACAUGUACAAGAGGCUGCAUUUGAUCCGAAUCACUCUGCUGGUCCAGCUGCAGAAUCCCUGUACAAUGAUGGUCUGUGUGCUGUUACAAUAGGCAAUAUUGUUUUUUCCAUCGGGUUCGAAAUUCAAUUAAUUUCAAGGGUAUAUAUAUUUGACUUCUUUACUGAAGAGCGUUAGUCCGUGCAGUUUUACCGCCAAUGUAUCUGUAGUUUGCAGUCAGGUCACAAAUCUUCUUACCUACAUACACAAGUACGCAGAAUAAAGCAAAUAGAAAAGUGCUCGUGUUUCGGGUUAACUAUGCACAAGGCAUUAUAGUAAGAAGAUUUUGUAUACCAUGGCAUCAAACCCUGAUCCAGGAGAAACAGAUACUGUACGGGAACCUGAUUUGUUGGAGGAAAAGAAACCUGCUCCAGGACAAAACGAACACCCUGAUCCAGGACAAAACGAACAACCUGAUCCAGGUAACGUCAAAGACCCUGACCCAGGGAUAACUGAAAUUCAGCAGAAUCCUGAUAUAGGACAGUUAGACCAUAAAAAAGAUCAACAAUCUCUUCAUGAAGCAGAUGAGAAAACUAUCGAUGCCAUCCCGAAAUCACUCGGAGCAAGAGCACGAACAAAAACGGCAGCAGGUAAAGGAUUUUACCAAAGUCAACUUCAUGAUUUUCAAAAAAAGUUACAAAAACAUUGGACAAAGAUGGAAGAUUUAUUGAUAAAUCUGGACAAAGCUGAAGUUGGUGAUUUACAGAGACUUAGGAAGAUAGAAGAUGAGUUGAAGAGAGUUCGUACCAAGCACAAUGCUGUGUUCAAAGAUUUUAUGUUAUUUCUUACUCGAAAUAGUGACAAAGAAAAGAUCCGAAAAAGUGAAAUUGAGUUUGAAAGAAAAGAGACUGUAGUUACCUCAGUAUUAACUCGCCUUCAAGCAUUGAAAUUAGAAGCCGCUGAAGUUUUAUCACAGAGAAUUUCAGACAGUGAAUCAUCUAGUGCAUCCUCUCAACGAUCCUUUGUUAAAAAAAAGGACUUAACAGAACAAUAUGUGUCGCAACAUUUUAGUGAUCCAAAACCAAUUGAAGAUCUCUAUUUGAAAACAAAAUUGAAUAAAGAACAAUAUUGUGAAUACAAAAUCCCACAAGAAAAGGAACCAUUUUAUGCCGAAUCAUUGUGUUUAGAAAAACCUAGAAAAAAACUGAAAGUUCAGGCAACACCAAAGCCAAAUAGAUUUUAUGAUCAGGAUCCUCCUGUUCCAAACAAUCCAAACUCUCAACUACACAGCACAGUACAAGACGACUCGGUUCUAGGAGGACUUGUGCAAUUUCUCCUCAAGAAAGACUUACUAUUAACCAGAUUUUCCAAGUUCAGUGAUAGUCCUGAAACAUUUAUUGUGUGGAAAACUAGUUUUAAAAGCAUUGUGAAUGAACUUAAUGUUUCACCAUUUGAAGAAAUGGACUUGCUUGUAAAGUGGCUGGGGCCAACCUCCAGCACAUUUGCUUCUAGUAUCCGUGCUUCCAAUGUUCAUGCACCUGAAAGAGGACUUCAGAGGAUAUGGGAACGUCUACACGACAGAUACGGGCGCCCAGAGAUGGUUGAAGCAACUAUAAAGAAAAAGUUAGACAACUUUCCAAAGCUUUCAAGUAAAGAAAUGAACAGACUUUAUGAUUUAUUGGACAUAUUGUCAGAGUUAGAAUCUACAAAAUCUGAUGUUCAUUAUUCACAACUGUUGUCAUAUUUUGACACUUCCUCCGGGAUCAAUCCUAUCGUCAACAAACUACCCUACGGUCUUCAGGAAAAAUGGACAACUCGUGCCUCAACGUACAAGAAACAGUAUAAAGUACCAUUUCCACCACUGUCUGUGUUUAUUGACUUCAUUAGAGAUAUGAGUGAAGUGAAAAAUGAUCCAGCAUUUGUGUAUGACAACCCGCGUAUCGCCCCAAGUUCAACACCUGCACGUGGAAAUAGACGAGACAGUAUUCUGAACCGGAAAACAUAUGUUCAACAAGAAACGAUGAAACGCUGUCCUAUUCAUAAAGCUGAACAUUCAUUGUUGUGUUGUAGACAGUUUCUAUCAAAGCCACUUGAAGAACGACGAAAGUUUUUGAAAGAAAAGCGCAUUUGUUUCAAGUGUUGCGAAUCAACAAAUCAUAUGUCCAGAGACUGCAACGUUAAAGUGAAAUGUGAAAAAUGUGGCAGUAAUAAUCACAGAACAUUGAUGCAUGUUGAUAGAUUAACGAACUCUUUUGAAAACCAACAUUCAACUGUCAGAGAGAAUGGCGGGGAGGAUAACGCAUCAGAAAAUGUUGCCUCAAAAUGUACCGUGUUGUGUGACAAACCCUCUUUAGGACGUUCUUGUGGGAAAAUAGUGUUAGUGAAUGUGUUUCUACAUCAAGAUCCUAACAAAGCCAUAAAAGUCUACGCUAUACUGGAUGAUCAAAGCAAUAGAACACUCAUUUCUCCUAGACUUUGCGAUCGUCUGGAUGUUCAGGGCCCUUCCACCCAAUAUUCUCUGUCAUCGUGUUCAGGAACUACAACUAUGACAGGAAGAAGAAUCGAAGGACUGUGUGUUCAAUCAGUGCAUGAAGAUUGUCAAUAUGAACUUCCAAUAACUAUUGAAUGUGAUGAUAUACCAAAUGAAAGAUCGGAAAUUCCUACUCCAGAUGUUGCUCGUUUUCAUUAUCAUUUGAAUUCAAUUGUCAAGGAGCUUCCACCAAUAGAAAAAGAUGUAAACAUUGAACUACUGAUUGGUAGAGAUGUUCCAGAAGCACAUCAUGUGUUUCAUCAGAUUACUGGACCAAAGAAAACUCCAUUCGCUCAAAAGCUAGGAUUAGGAUGGGUCAUAAUCGGAGAUGUAUGUCUCGGAAAAGUUCAUCGCCCAGACCUUGUUCAUGUGAUGAAAACCUCCGUUCUUAACAAUGGACGUACGACACGAUUCAAUCCAUGUGAAAAUCAUUUUCAAGUGAAAGAACAUCAAGCUUUAGACACAUAUGACACUUUGUUUCAAAAGUCCCCUGAUGAUGACAAAAUUGGUUUGUCUGUAGAAGACCGUAAAUUUCUUUCACUUAUGGAUGAAGAAUUUCAGAAGGAUGAAAAUGGAAAAUGGAUUGCUCCGCUUCCUUUUCGUUCUCCGAAACCCAUGAUGCCAAACAACCGAUCACAAGCAUGGAGAAGAGCUCAAAUUUUGGAUGCUAGCUUAAAGAAAAAUGAAGUGAAAAAGACUCAUUUUAUUGAAUUUAUGAAGAAAGUGUUUGAUAGUGGUGCUGCAGAAAUAGCUCCUGUUCUCGAUCAUGAAAGCAACAAUGAAAUGUGGUAUUUACCCAUUUUUGGUGUAUACAAUUCUAAAAAACCAAAUCAAGUGAGAGGAGUGUUCGAUUCGUCCGCAGUCUAUGAAGGACAUUCUCUGAACAAAGUGUUGAUGACUGGACCUGAUCUUACAAACAGUCUUAUAGGAAUAUUAUUGCGUUUUCGCCAAGAUCGAUAUGCUGUAAUUGCUGAUAUUGAACAGAUGUUCUACCAGUUUUACGUGAAAAAAGAACACAGGGACUUUCUUCGUUUUUUCUGGUAUAAAAACAAUAAUCCAGAUCUUCCUCUUAUUGAAUACCGAAUGUGCGUUCACGUGUUUGGAAAUGCACCGUCUCCUGCCAUAGCAACAUAUGGAUUACGAAAAACUGUAGAGAAUUGCGAAAACACUUAUGGGUCUGAUGUUAAAGACUUUGUAAAUAGAAACUUUUACGUAGAUGAUGGUUUAGUGUCCUCACCAUCCCGUGAAAAAGUUAUAGAUUUGAUUAAAAGAACCAAAACAGUGUUUAAAGAAAAUGGCAAUUUACGGUUACACAAGAUUGCCUCGAACGAUAGAGAGAUUUUGAAUAGUUUCGGUGAAGAGGACUUAAACAAGAACCUUAGAGAUGUACACUUUGGAGAAAACUCAGUCUUACCCCUACAGCAUAGUCUCGGUUUAUCAUGGGACUUAAAUCAUGACAGUUUCUUGUUUGAGAUUCAAGACAGUGAAAAACCAAACACUCGGAGAGGGUUACUUUCAUUCCUGAAUAGCAUUUUUGAUCCGUUGGGCUUUUUGUCACCUAUUACCUUGUCCGGGAAAAUCCUUCUUCGACAAUCAGUUGGUGCCGAUUGGGAUCAACCAUUAUCAACCGCAAUAGAUCACAAAUGGAAAGAGUGGAAAUCAUCUCUACAGUGUUUACAAGACUUGAGAAUUCCUAGGAUGUACUUACCUGUUUCAUUAAGUUGUGUUAACAACAUUGAAUUACAUGUCUUCUGUGAUGCGUCAGAAACAGCGAUUGCAGCAACUGCAUAUUUGAAAAUCACUGGUGAUGACAACGCAAGCCAUUUGGGAUUUAUAUUGGGAAAAGCCAAACUAGCUCCAAUGAAAGGACAUACAAUACCACGGUUAGAACUUUGUGGAGCCGUCCUUGCUUCAGAAAUCGGACAAACUGUUUUAGAACAAUUGGAUGUAAAACCGAAUGUUGUGAAAUAUUACACCGACAGUAAAGUUGUCCUUGGAUACAUUUACAACCAAUCGAAAAGAUUCUAUACAUAUGUGACAAAUCGUGUGAGCAAAAUCUUAAAAGUGAGUUCUACUGACCAGUGGAAUUAUGUACCGACCCAUAAAAAUCCUGCCGACUGUGCGACACGAGGAAACUUUUCGAGUGAACAGCUACAGAAUAGUGAAUGGUUACAAGGACCUCAAUGGCUUUUAGAACAACAUGAAGAAAAUGAGGUUAAUAAGAACUAAGACUUCCCAUUAAUAGAUCCACAGGAUGACAAGGAAAUUCGUCCAGAUGUACAAGUCAUGAAAACCACCACUAAGAUGUCAAAGAACUGUAUAACUGAACUCGCAGAGAAAUUUUCUAAAUGGAAAUCCUUUAUCAAAUUUGUUGCCUGUUUAAGACAUGUCAUCAAGUCUUUCAAGCACAGAACUCAUUCUUGUUCUGGAUGGCAUAUGUGUGAAAACAGUAUCAGUGUACAAUCCUGUCAGGAUGCUGAAAAAUUUGUGUUGAAAGAAAUACAGAAAGAGUGUUUUAGCAAAGAAAUACUCUCUCUACAAAAUGGAAAAACUGUUUCAAAGGAUAGUCGGAUUUCAACCCUUUCCCCAUUCAUUGACAGUGAAGGUUUACUUCACGUAGGUGGGAGACUUAAUAAUGUGAAGAAUGUGUUACCUACUGGAGAAAUCAAUCCUAUAAUAUUGCCAAAUAAACAUCAUGUUUCAACACUCCUGAUUCGAUUCUACCAUGAUUCAGUUAGACACCAAGGAAGACAUUUUACCGAGGGAGCGCUUAGAAAGAAUGGCCUCUGGAUUAUUGGUGCAAAACGUGAGGUGUCUUCAUUUAUUCACAAUUGUGUCACGUGUAGAAAACUUCGUGGAAAAUUCGAAUUACAGAAAAUGGCUGAUUUACCCUCUGACAGAAUUACUCCUGGUCCUCCAUUCACCACAGUAGGAGUGGAUACAUUCGGUCCAUGGACAGUUUUAGCAAGGAAGACACGUGGUGGAGUAAUAAACAAUAAACGGUGGGCAAUAAUGUUCAGCUGUUUAACCACACGAGCCAUACAUAUCGAAGUAAUAGAAGAAAUGUCUAGUUCUUCCUUUAUCAACGCCUUACGACGCUUUGAAGCAAUACGUGGACCGGUCAAAGUAUUUAGAUCAGACAAGGGUACAAAUUUUGUAGGAGCAGCAGAUGAAUUAGGAAUACAAACUCUGAAUGUUGAAGAUGGUCUGAUUAAAAAACAUCUACGUGAAAUUGGAUAUUUAACUCUCCUCAUUCUUCGCAUAUGGGUGGCUCCUGGGAGAGGAUGAUUGGUCUGACAAGAAGAAUCCUUGAUGCGAUAUUACUUGAUCUAAAUUCCAAACAAUUAACACAUGAAACUUUGACAACGUUUAUGGCAGAAGUGUGUUCUAUUAUUAAUUCAAGACCUUUAGUGCAGAUUUCAUCUGACCCGGAUUCAACUUUAGUUCUUAGCCCUAUGAUGCUGUUAACUGGAAAAGUGAAUUACUUACCUGUGAUACCAGAAAGUGAUAACAUCAAAGAUAUGUACCGCGCCCAGUGGAAACAUGUACAAGUUCUCUCCGAAAUAUUUUGGAAACACUGGAGACAAGAUUACUUACAGAACCUUCAACCCAGACGGAAAUGGAGAGAUGAUCGACCAAACUUAAAAGUCGGUGACGUUAUUCUUUUAAAAGACAGUGCAGUACAUCGAACAGACUGGCCUAUUGGUGUUAUAACAGAAACAUACCAAAGCAGCGAUGGUAAAGUUCGUAAAGCUCGCGUUCGCGUCCAUAAAGAUGGACAAAAUGUGAUGUACACGCGUCCUAUUAGUGAAAUGGUGAUGCUGAAUUGUUGAUCGUGAAAUUUGUGUUCCACAAAAUUAUAAUGAACCUCCACAACUAUGUUCCAUAGUGUAUCUUUGAUUGUGUUCCACAAUGAAUGAUUGUUCUUAAACCAUGUGAAAUUUCAUAUGAUCAUUGCAAGUGUCCAUAACUUAAGUUUUUAACCAUGUUCCAUGGUGAAGAUAUAAAAUUUGCAUAUAUGUUCCAUAAUGAUAUUUUUGAAGUAUCUUUGUAUGAUUAUUACCCAUGUUCCAUGGUGAAUAUAUUUUGCAUUCAUGUUCCAUGAAAUUUCUGCACUAUCUUUGUUUGAAAGCGUUCCGCUAUGAAUUCUAUCAGUUUAUACAAUUUUUUAUUGGUAAUAUUUAUUUAAUAUUAGGCGGGGAGUGUGCUGUUACAAUAGGCAAUAUUGUUUUUUCCAUCGGGUUCGAAAUUCAAUUAAUUUCAAGGGUAUAUAUAUUUGACUUCUUUACUGAAGAGCGUUAGUCCGUGCAGUUUUACCGCCAAUGUAUCUGUAGUUUGCAGUCAGGUCACAAAUGUAAGUUUACAAAUUAUUUGCUGUUUUAAUCAAAGUUUACUAAUUUUUAUAUCAAUUCUCAUUUGUAAUAACAUUUAAGUCUUUUCUAAGAUACCGUAGUAUUUACUUCUUAAGUGAAGUUUUUAUAAGUCUCGAUAAAGUUGCAUAGUAUUGUAACGAGUAAACACACAUAAUAGUUAUUUGUGUAUUGCAUUAAUGUUAAACAUUUUUAGUAUUUUCUGUGUUUGCGGAACAUGCUUUUUGGGUAAUGAUAUAUGUAUUGAUAUUUUUCCUUUGUAAUAUUGUAGCUUCUUACCUACAUACACAAGUACGCAGAAUAAAGCAAAUAGAAAAGUG